CAGGAGGAAUCUGGGGACAUCACGAUAAAGGCUGAAAAUGAGGAAAUACCAAGUAAAAAAGCUAGAGUCUCAGGUAUGGAGUUCUUACUUGGUAGUCUAUGCACCACGAAGGCUGGCAUGUCCGCGGAGGAGAAAGCAGAUCUCGAGGUUGUACAGUAUCAGUCGGAGCCUACGGCACCCCUCGAUUGCUGUCCCCUGCAAUGGUGGUCGAAAGUGUCCGCGAAAUGCCCGAAUCUGGCGAAGUUGGUGAGCAGGUAUCAUUGCGUGCCCGCUUGCUGUGCACCACCAUCGCGCAUUCCGCCGGAGGUACAGAUUCAGUAUGAUACAAAGCGCGCGAUUUUGCCACCUUCUCUGAUCGAUAAACUACUUUUCUUACAUGGUAAUCACACUAUGCAGAUGUGAAUAGAAUGUCUAUAAGCUUGCUCCUGAAAAAUACCUCGUUGAUGAUAAUUUUACAAAAAAUAUAGUUUACUUGCAAUAAUUUAAGUACAAAUUGACACAUAUGAGUGACACAAGUGUGAACUCUAUGUAACUUUC